CAGCUCUCAGCAGCAGCAAACAGAUCCAAAUUUCCAGGACAUCCCUACGCAGUCUUGGUACCCUCCCUCGGUUGUAGGUUCGUCUUCACGUCCAUCCACCCCUACCUUUUCUAGUGCUAGUCCACACCUAAGAGCUUCAGAUGAUCCGCAGUCUUCAUCCUGUGCGCAACCAUCUCCUGCUGAGGCUGCAGGGAUAAUUGCCCGUUUGAAGGAUAAGAGUAUUGAGGAGUUACAAAGGAUAUUGAAAGACAAAGAGGCAUAUAAUGCGUUCUUUAACUCACUUGAUCAAGUGAAAACCCAGAACAAUGUGCAUGAUGAGCUUGGAAAGGAGACAUUGCAACUUGCAAGGGAAAAUUUAGAAAAGGAGCAGCGGAUUUUGGAGCUUAGGAAUCAGUGCACAAUAAUUAGAACCACAGAACUGGCUGCUGCUCAAGACUGGCUUACUGAUUUGGAGAGGCAAAAGGAUGAUAUUAUGAGGUCCUAUUCCCCUGCCGCACUGCUCGACAAGCUCCAAACCGCCGCGGCGACGCGCAGACCUAGCACUAGCAGGGAAACACCCGAGAUGGCGAUGGCUCUGCGCCGCCUCGCGGGCGUGUCCGGCUCGCCGUCGGCCUCCGCUGCCGCGGCCGCGCUGCUACUCCGGCCGGCGCUGACCCGCCCGAUCUCCACCGGCUUCCGCGAGGAGCGCGACACCUUCGGUCCCAUCCAAGUCCCCAACGACAAGCUGUGGGGCGCGCAGACGCAGAGGUCGCUGCAGAACUUCGACAUUGGCGGGGAGCGCGAGAGGAUGCCCGUGCCCAUCAUCCGCGCUUUUGGCGUGCUAAAAAAGUGCGCCGCUAAGGUAAAUAUGGAGUAUGGCCUUGAUCCAACAAUAGGGAAGGCCAUAAUGCAGACAGCUGAGGAGGUCGCAGAGGGAAAGUUGGAUGAUCACUUCCCACUUGUUAUCUGGCAAACUGGCAGUGGCACACAAAGCAACAUGAAUGCCAAUGAGGUAAUUGCAAAUAGGGCAGCUGAGAUCCUUGGACACAAGCGCGGUGAGAAGUUUGUGCACCCAAAUGACCAUGUGAAUAGGUCACAAUCUUCAAAUGAUACAUUUCCCACUGUAAUGCAUAUAGCGGCGGCUGUUGAGAUAAAUUCGAGGUUUAUCCCAAGUUUGCAACAGUUGCAUGAUUCACUUCAUUCAAAAACUGUUGAGUUUAAAGACAUAAUUAAAAUUGGACGUACACAUACCCAAGAUGCUACCCCGUUGACUCUUGGCCAAGAAUUCAGUGGUUACACUACACAGGUCAAAUAUGGAAUUGACCGUAUUAAUUGUACAUUACCUCGGAUGUACCAGCUUGCUCAAGGUGGAACUGCAGUUGGAACUGGCUUGAACACUAAGAAAGGAUUUGAUGUCAAAAUAGCUGCUGCAGUGGCUGAGGAAACAAACCUACCCUUUGUGACAGCAGAGAACAAGUUUGAAGCUUUGGCAGCGCAUGACGCUUUUGUCGAGAGCAGUGGCGCGGUAAAUACAAUUUCUGCAUCUCUUAUGAAGAUAGCAAAUGACAUACGCUUGCUAGGAAGUGGUCCUCGAUGUGGUCUUGGUGAACUAAUCCUACCAGAAAAUGAGCCUGGGAGCAGCAUUAUGCCUGGAAAAGUUAAUCCAACCCAGUGCGAGGCUCUGACAAUGGUUUGUGCUCAGGUUAUGGGUAAUCAUGUUGGUGUUACAGUUGGUGGUGCAAAUGGGCAUUUUGAACUGAAUGUUUUUAAGCCAAUGAUCGCAGCCGGAUUACUUCGAUCAUUGAGGUUGUUAGGGGAUGCAUCUGUGUCCUUCGAGAAAAAUUGUGUCAGGGGAAUUCAAGCAAACCAUAAGAGAAUUUCACAACUUUUGCAUGAGUCUCUGAUGUUGGUGACAUCUUUGAACCCUAAAAUUGGCUAUGACAAUGCUGCAGCUGUUGCUAAGAAAGCCCACAAAGAAGGAACCACGUUGAAGAAAGCUGCAUUAGACCUUGGAGUAUUAACGGAGCAAGAAUUCCAUGAGCUUGUUGUCCCAGAGAAAAUGAUUGGUCCUUCUGAUUGA